ACAGCAAUAAUAAUAAUAUUGUCGCCACACUCGUGGCUAGGGCGGCGCCCCCUUCUACAGUCAAACCCCUCCUUGACUGCGCCACAAUCAUCCCCAUCCUCUCUCUCUCUCUCUCCCCCCCCCUUCACUUCUUCCUUCUAUAAAACGUCCGUCUCCUCCCUCCAUUUCAAACCCACCCUUUUCCUUCCAUUCGAAACCGCAUAACACUUCUUGAUUCGAGAAAAAAAGACCCUUAUGGCUCUCAAGGAGAAACACAGUCCCGCCAAGAAACCCGCGGCGAUGAGCGCCGGCUCAGAGAUGCAUUACCGAGGUGUUAGAAAGCGACCGUGGGGCCGGUACGCGGCGGAGAUCAGAGACCCCGGCAAGAGGAGCCGCGUCUGGCUCGGCACCUACGACACGGCCGAGGAGGCUGCACGCGCCUACGACAACGCCGCCCGCAACUUCCGCGGCCCCAAGGCCAAGACCAACUUCCCCCUCCCCCCAUCCGAUGAGGUAAACCGGAGCCCCAGCCAGAGCAGCACCGUUGAGUCUUCCAGCCCCGAUCGGGUGCCCCAUGCGCCGUCGGAUCUCGACCCCACGCGCCUCACUCUCCGCCCCGCCACCGCUGCCGCUGGCGAGGGAGGUGGGUUUGCUGCAGUUCGGUUCCCUUUCUUUCACCAGCAGUUAGCGGUGGCUGCGCCUGGAGGGACGGUGGCGCCCCCUGUUUUUUAUUUUAACGCGGCUAUGCCGCCGGAGAUGGCAAAAGGAGGGAAGCGGAUGCGGGUCGACCCGAAAUAUAAUGCGGGAUUUGGUUCUGGAGCACAGAGCGAAUCGGACUCAUCCUCCGUUGAUGAUGUUAGCAAUAGUUCUCAGCCUAAAGUAAUUCAUGGUUUUGAUCUAAACCUGCUUCCGCCGUCGGAUGAGUGAUCCGUUUCCUCGGAGAAGAGUUAAUUUAUUUAUUUAAAUUGUAGAUUUUAAUGUUUUUUUUUUUUUUUAGAGAUGAAGAGAUGGAUGACUUUAGUGGUUGAUGUAAAAAAGUUACAAAACCCUUUUUUGCAGCAUAGGGAAAUUAAUUAUAAUUUCCCCUAUGUUGUUACUGUUGUAACCUCUCCUCUCAUUAACGACUUUCUUAAUUUAAUUAA